UAUUUAUUUAUAUGAAUUAUUCAAAAUAUAGAUUCAUCAAUCAUGAGAAUGUUUAUGUGUAUUGUCAUUGGACACACAAUAGUAUCUUUUUACAGACGACGACACAAGGGUCAAACUACAUGACUUUGAGACAGAUUACAUUAAUGCUAGUUUCAUAGAUGGCUACAAUAAACGACAUGCGUACAUUGCAGCCCUAGGUCCCAUGUCAAAGCAGCUCGGGGAUUUCAGUCCAUUUUGGCAGAUGAUCUGGCAAGAGAAAGUUGAGAAAAUUGUCAUGUUGACCAAUCUUGUUGAAGACGGAAAGGACAAAUGCGAGCAAUAUUGGCCACAUCCUGGAACCAGUAAAGACUAUGGAAUAUAUUAUAUUUCCUGUCUAAAUGAGGACGAAUAUGUCGACUAUAUAAGGAGGGAAUUCACAAUUUCAAAGGGUCGCGAGACCAGAGAGCUUCAUCACCUUCACUUUACCUGCUGGCCUGACAAAGGUGUGCCGGAAGAGGUGACAGGAAUCGUUGAGUUCAGACUGAGAGUCCAGAACAUUCCUAGCCAAUUUGAUGGUCCUGUUCUCGUUCACUGCAGUGCUGGGGUUGGAAGAACUGGAACAUACAUUGCUCUAGAUAUUUUGACAAAGGAGGGAGAGAUUGAGGGAUCAAUACACAUCCCAGGCUGUGUGAUUAACAUGAGACACGAUAGGGCCAACAUGAUACAGACCACGAACCAGUACGUUUUCUUACAUAGAGCGCUCGUCUGUUCGCUGAGUGAUAUCAGCAAACCAGUAAGAGGAAAAUAUUUUCGCCAAUACAUGAAACAGAUGGGUGAUGAAGACAUCAAUGGACAGUUUCAGGAGAUGCAAAACGUUUUAGGAAAAACAUCAGAUAAUGAAAUGCAUGCCGUUGAGGAGAAAAGGGGAAUAAAAGGCAAUAUCCGACCAUCUCCAGACAUACCAGGAGAUCGCAACAUACCUUGUCUAUUAAUUGAUAGCACACCUGGAGCUUCUGUAUAUAUGAAUGCAGUUUACAUCGACGUGGGUAGCAUUUACUCUUUAAUUUCUUUAAGUGAAUGCAUGUAA